AUGGGAGUAAUCACAGAGAAAGAAUCUGCCCCGAAUGGCGACGAGGGGUCGCUCGAUACGUCGCCAAAAACCAUCGAUGAGCGGAAGUUGAUGGCCAAAAUCGAUUGGCAUGUCAUUCCAUGUUUGUGUGUCAUGUACCUGCUGGCAUUUUUGGAUCGUGUUAACAUCAGUAAUGCCGCGAUUCUGGGGUUGAAGGAAGAUUUGCACCUCCAGACAGGGACAAAAUACAACACUGCAUUGACCAUUUUCUUCAUUCCUUAUAUCAUCUUUGAAAUUCCGUCGAAUAUCCUGCUGAAGAAACUGAAGCCUCAUGUGUGGUUGUCAUUAUGCAUGUUCGGCUUCGGUCUGGUCACAGUCUGUCAAGGCCUCGUGUCAAACUGGGGCGGAUUAAUGACGACUCGCUGGUUCCUCGGCGUGUUCGAGACAGGUUUCUAUCUCAUGGGCAUGUGGUACAAGCGCAGCGAAGCUCAAAAGCGCUUCAGCUUCUUCUUCAGCUCAACAACUCUCGCCGGUGCGUUCGGCGGUUUGCUUGCAAGCGGCAUCGGAAAAAUGGAUGGGCUGCGUGGCUACGGCGGCUGGCGCUGGGUGUUUAUCAUCGAGGGCGUGAUCACCUGCCUGGUCGCGAUGAUCUGCUUUUUCAUCAUCCCGGGUUUUCCUGAGGAUGCAAAGUGGCUGAGUGAGGAGGAGAGAGAGUUCAUCCGUACCAAACUGGCGGAUGAUGUGGGCAAAGCUGCCAGACAUGCGAGCAUUGGAUGGCGCGAUGUUCUGGCUGUUUUCAAGGAUUACAAGGUCUUUAUCGGUGGAUGGAUGUACUUUGGACAAGUCGUCACUGCUUAUGGUACGGAUGCACAUGUUCUACUCUUGAGCGGGAUACUGACGACAGAAGGAUAUGCCUAUUUUGCUCCUACGAUCAUCAAAACCUACGGCUACGAUGCCAUCAAAACACAGCUCUACUCCAUCCCACCAUGGGCUGCGGCCUUUGGCUUCUCCAUGGUCAUCGCUUUUUUGUCUGACAAAUUCCGCCACCGGUUUAUCUUCGCCAUCAUCCCGAUGCUCAUCGCCAUGGCCGGGUAUGGCAUCCUUCUCAACGUCCACGACCAUCACCACAUACAAUACGGCGCCUUGUUCCUCGUCACGAGCGGCUGCUACAGUGCGAUGCCGGUGCUAGUCUGCUGGUUCUCGAUGAACCUGGGUGGUCAUCGUCGCCGAAGCGUAGGGACGGCGUGGCAGAUUGGGUUCGGAAAUAUCGGCGGAAUCAUCUCCACCUACUCCUUUCUCGCUAAAGACGCCCCUGUCUACCGUAACGGGUACAUCAUCAGUUUGUCCUUCCUCUGUUUCUCGGCCGCCAUGGCCAUCGUCUACUUCUUGGCGGUUCUGUACGAUAACAAGAAGCGCGAUCGGGCCAUUGCCAGCGGAACAAUUGACCUGCAGGCGUUGCCGGAAGAGGAGUUGGAGUAUAUGGGGGAUAUGGCACCGACAUAUCGCUAUGCUUACUGA